UUGCAUACUGGAGGUUCUAUUAGUUUUGAAGCCCAUCGUUGGAGAAUGGAAAAAGAACGUGGGGGAGAUGUGACUUAUGCUGAGGUCUUUGCAGAGACCCACAAGAAGAAGAAGAAGGAUGUCACAAGAGAAGGAUGGAUCGAACCGCGUGCUUUAGAGACAUUUGACAAGUAUCAUAUUGAUCUUGAUGCAUGGAAACAAACUCAACCUGAAGGAACUCAGCCGACCCCGGAGGAUAUGACCGCAAUUUGGACACAAGCGGCUGGUGGCGUGAAUAAAGUUGAGUCUACGGGAUUGGAGUACAGCCAUCCUCCAGUCGUCCACCAACAACAUUAUUCACUGGGGCAUCAGUUUCCCAAGAAGACAUGGAAUCUAUGCGUCAAAAAGUGGAUCAAAUGUCGCAAGAACUUCAAGAAACUCAGGCUUUGAUCCAAAAAUUAUUAAAAAAAAAAAAACAAGAAAAGAGCUGCAAUGGAGUCUGAGUCUGAGUAUGAGUCUGAGGAGGAGAUUUAAUCUGAAUAGGCUAUUUGAAUGUUUUAGAGUUGAAGUUAGAGACAUGUUUAAUCUAUGUUGUUUGAUAGUUCGUUGUUUCAUUAGUUGGUUGAAUUGUUAUAAAUAUUAUUGUUCGCUU